AUGGUGCGCUCUGGAGCGGGGGACGGUUCUGAGGUCCACGAGGAUCACGUCGCGUUCCUCCGCCGAACACGACGGCUGCCUGGUGAGGAUUUCGUGAGGGUGUGCCUGGCGCCCGAGAGGGAGAUCUCGCCAGCGCCGGAGGAAGGCGAGCGCGUCAUCUUCCGGGCUCCGCUCUCUCUUGAGCGGUCUGGCGCCGCCUCCGUGGUUGGGACGGCGGAGGGCUCCGCCAACACCCGUCGCGUAGACCCGCGCGCCGAGCUCCAGCUGGCGAUGGAGAGGAAUGCGCAGGAGGCGCGCGAGGAGCGGGAGGAGGCGGCGGCGGCCAAGGCGGCGCAGGAGGAGGCGCACGAGGCCGCAAAGGCGCAAGCCGAUGCCGCGACCAAGGCCCAGGCGUACGCCGCGGCCAAGGCGCAGGCGGAAGAGGCCGCGCACGGCCAAACCCCGCAACUCGUCAUCCCCCUCCGCGCCGUACCACCCGCGCCUGAGGUCUCAGCGGCGCCUGAAGGAGCCGGCGGCGACCAGCCGACCAUGGAGAGGAAGGGGGAUUAUCAUAAUCUCCGUGCGGCCGCCUUCAACUCCCAUGUCCGGGAGCUGGCCCAGCGGACCGCUGACUUGUCCGAGAGCCAGAAAGCCAACACCGCCUUGCAGCAACAGUUGGGAGAGGCCCAAACCGCGUUGCGUGCCAAGGAGGAGGAGUGCAGCAAGGUGGCCCAGGAGCGCGACCGCCUGGCCAAGAAGCUGGCUGACCAGGAGGAGCUUCACAAGGCGGCCCUUCAGGCAGCGAAGGACAGCGAGGCCACCCUCCAGGCCGAGUACGAGACCCAGGCGAUGAACUGGGCCGACACGGAGAGGGCGCUGAACGACGGCUACGGCCAGAUCGAGGACAUGGUCGACGAGUACUUCCCUGGCUACGCCAUCGUCGCCAGCCAAGCCAUCGAGGCCCACCGCGAAGAGCGGAGGCAGGCUGGUGUGGAGAUCGAGCCGAACGCCCGCCGGUCGCUCGAUGAGCAGCUCCUUGCCAUCCAGGCUCAUCUAGCCCAGUUGGCCACAUUCCGGCAAGAGGCCAACGAAGAACUGGUGGCGGUGAGGCCUGCUCUCAUUUAUCGCGCCGCGGCGAUCGCCAACUACACCGACACCAGCAUCUUCAUCCCCGAGCUGAACGAGGAGGGUACUGAGAUGCCGCCGGACUUCCUAGCCGGCCCACUGGCACAGUGCCAGUCGUCUUUGUCCUCACACCAGUCGGCCGGGCAUGUGGCCGACGCGUGCGCACCGCUGUGCCGCCACGCCACCUGCCUGCCUGGCCUCCCCCUUGUCGCCUGGAUGCCCCGCGCGAUGCCCCGCGCCGCCCCGCACCUGUCUCACUCUGUCUCGCUUUCCCUCCUUCCCUGGAUCUCUCCCUCUCCCCGCAACCAAGCUCCACCAUCGCCGCCGCUUGCCGUUGCUGCGCCCACCGCCACGGCCUCGCCUCUCCGACAAGCCCAAGAGCUUCACCUCCUCGCGCUAAAGCCCUCCGCCGAGCCAUGCAUGCCAGAGCGCCCUGUGGAGCCGUCGUCGUCGCCUUCUUCACCUCCGACCGCCGUGGAUCCCCAUCGCUGCCUCAUCGACCUCAGCGCGUCCCCGAGCUCGCCGUCAAGCCCGUCGAGUCCACUCACCUCGCCGUCGUUCAUGUCGCCGCCGUCGUCCUGGCCACCGCAGCUCGCGCACGCGCACGUCAACGCGCUCAGCAGCUUCCCAGCAAGCCAACGCCACCGCCUGUAG